ACAAACUCCACACAGCCAGUAGCCCCAGCCAAAGUUGAUUUUGUUGUUUUUCUCAACAACAUUAUAAUGAAACAACAUAGUGAAACAGCAUUAUUCGAGGACCCGCUGUCCUUUAGAUUUCACAGGCCAUGCAUUGUCUCAACUGCUCUGCUGUGAUAGCAUCAGGCAACAUGCAGGCAGAAGACUGAUCUUUGAAAAUAUGUAUUUGGGAGAUAGUCACGUUCUGUUGAAUACCUUGUGCUGGUGCUGCCAUCGAAAAAUCUGGUUACAUUCUGGGGAGGCCUGCUACCAUUGCAGGGCUGAGCCACCUCGGCAGUGAGAUGAGUGUCCAUCCUGAGCGGGGACACCAUGAAUAGGUACACGACGAUCAAGCAGCUGGGGGAUGGGACUUAUGGUUCCGUCCUGCUGGGAAGGAGCAUUGAGUCCGGGGAACUGAUCGCUAUUAAAAAAAUGAAAAGAAAGUUUUAUUCCUGGGAGGAAUGCAUGAAUCUCCGGGAGGUUAAGUCUUUAAAGAAGCUCAACCAUGCCAAUGUAGUCAAAUUAAAAGAAGUUAUCAGGGAAAAUGAUCAUCUAUAUUUUAUCUUCGAGUACAUGAAGGAAAAUCUUUACCAGCUUAUUAAAGAAAGGUACAGUUUGGUUAUCACGACCUUAGAAAUCAAUAUUGCAAAGUGGAUGUAUUUUCUUUUCUGGUUUUGUUUAUUGCAAUCUCCUGAUUCUUCCUCCACCAUUAGCUGUAAUAAAAAGAGCAGUACAGCUAUGAAGAGUGAUGCAGAAGCCGACUUGCAUUCGGGUUCCUUCCUCUCUACUGUUUCUACAGGCUUCUUCCACCGGGACUUAAAGCCUGAGAACCUCCUCUGCAUGGGCCCAGACCUUGUGAAAAUUGCAGACUUUGGAUUGGCCCGAGAAAUCCGAUCGAGACCGCCAUACACAGACUAUGUAUCUACCAGAUGGUACAGGGCUCCAGAAGUCCUCCUGAGGUCUACCAACUACAGCUCCCCCAUUGACGUCUGGGCCGUGGGCUGCAUCAUGGCAGAAGUUUAUACCCUCAGGCCGCUCUUCCCUGGGGCCAGUGAGAUUGACACGAUAUUCAAAAUUUGCCAAGUGUUGGGGACACCAAAAAAGACUGACUGGCCUGAAGGCUAUCAACUGUCAAAUGCUAUGAACUUCCGCUGGCCCCAGUGUGUACCCAAUAACUUAAAGACUCUGAUUCCCAAUGCCAGCAGCGAGGCAAUUCAGCUCCUGAGAGACAUGCUGCAGUGGGACCCGAAGAAGCGACCAACAGCUAGUCAGGCACUUCGAUACCCUUAUUUCCAGGUUGGACACCCACUGGGCAGCACCACACAGAAUCUUCAGGAUUCAGGGAAAACACAAAAAGACAUCCUGGAAAAGGCAGGCCCGCCUCCUCAUAUUAAGCCAGCCCCUCCUACCCAGCCCCCAGCCAAGCCCCACACACGGAUUUCUUCACGACAGCAUCAAGCCAGUCAGCCCCCUCAGCAUCUCAUGUGCCCCUACAAAGCAGAAGCGUCCAGGACAGAUCACCUGAGCCAGCUCCAGGAGGACAAGUCCAGCUCAUUGCUUUUCCCAUCUGUCCACAGUAAGAAUCCCCAGACGAAGAUCCUCGCUAACCUGGAGCACAAAAACGGUGACAUGAAGCCAAAGAGCAGGAGAAGGUGGGGUCUCAUUUCCAGGUCAUCAAAGGAUUCCGAAGAUUGGGCUGACUUGGAGGAUUUCGAUUUCAGUCCGUCCCUCACCAGGAUUGACCUGAAAAACAAGAAGAGACAGAGCGAGGACGCUCUCUGCAGGUUUGAGAGUGUUUUGGACCUGAAGCCCUCUGAGCCCGUGGGCACAGGAAGCAGCGCGCCCACCCAGCCUUCACACCAGAGGCGGGACACACCCACCCUGAGGUCCGCCGCCAAGCAGCACUACUUGAAGCAUUCUCGAUACUUGCCUGGAAUAAAUAUAAGAAAUGGAAUACUCUCCAAUCCAGGCAAGGACUUUAUACCACCUAAUCCGUGGUCUAGUUCUGGUUUGUCUGGAAAAUCUUCAGGGACAGUAUCAGUAAUCAGCAAGAUAAAUUCAGUUGGUUCUGGCUCUACAAGUUCUAGUGGACUGACUGGAAACUAUAUCCCUUCCUUCCUGAAAAAAGAAAUUGGUUCUGCUAUGCAGAGAGUACACCUGGCGCCUAUUCCAAAUCCUUCCCCUGGUUAUUCUUCCCUGAAGGCCAUGAGACCUCAUCCUGGGCGACCUUUCUUCCACACGCAGCCUAGAAGCACUCCUGGGUUGAUACCACGGCCACCAGCUGCCCAGCCAGUGCAUGGCCGGACAGACUGGGCUUCCAAGUACGCGUCUCGGCGGUGACCAGCUGGGCGGUGAUGCCCUUCACCGGGAGAAGCAGGACACUUUCUCUUAGCCCACUGGUGUCUUACCUGCAAGAAAUGUGCAGAGGGUAUAAAAGCAAAUCAACACUUCAUAGUUAUUCUUCUGAACUAAGACAUUUCAAUAUUCUUUUUUGAAGUUUUUUUUUUACAUAUUGAUUUGAAUGCAAUACCUUUUUUUGUAUAAAAUUAUUUUAUUCUAAAA